GAGCGCGAGGCACAGAGUUUUGGGGAGUGCAUAUAAUCAACAUAUUAUCGAAGGUGCUUAGAUAUUGAUCCCGUAUUUCGAGGUAGUUCAAAUUCACCUCUUUUGGCCCUUUGGGUUUGACCUCACAUUUUUUUCGCCCCCCCCCUCCCAGCUUGGUGGAGACUAAUUCCCGCGGAAAGAUGCCGAAGAGAAAGUCCCCAGAGGGUGCCGAGGGCAAGGACGCCCCCAAAGUCACAAAGCAAGAGCCCACCAGAAGGUCGGACAGACUGUCAGCGAAACCUGCUCCACCCAAGCCAGAGGCCAAACCCAAGAAGGCCAUCGUGAAGAAGGUGGCCGAUGAUAAGGGGGUGAAGGCAAAGAAAGGCGGACCCAAGGGAAAGAAGGACGACGGGCCCGCCCAGAACGGAGAGACCAAGACCAAUGAGGAAACUGAAGCGGCAGAGGAGGCGACUGAGGAGAAGGCGUAAAAA